CGUACCGCGCUGGCUUCCACUUCAGAUCAGGGAGACGUCCGGAUGGACGAGGAGCCUUCUUAUUCACCGAGGUCCGAUGAGCAGGGCGAGGACCUGGUCUCCAGCACUCCUCGGAAUGCAGAGUCUCUGCCGGAGCUCACCCGCUCUUCCUUCGGAGAAGAUACCGGGUCCUCCAUUGGAACUGAUGGAGGAGAGGACGAGGGGGUGGGGGAGCAGCAGCUGUCUCCAGAAGAGGAGGAAGAGCCCCUGAUUAAUUUGACGGACUUGAACCCUUACAUUCGGUGCUCGAUCUGCAAAGGAUACUUCAUCGAUGCUACGACCAUCACCGAAUGUCUUCAUACGUUUUGUAAAAGUUGUAUUGUGCGACACUUUUAUUAUUCCAACCGAUGUCCGAAGUGCAAUGUUGUGGUGCAUCAGACGCAGCCGCUCUACAAUAUCAGGUUGGAUAGACAGUUACAAGACAUUGUGUACAAAUUGGUGGUCAAUUUGGAAGAACGAGAGAAAACCCAAAUGUGUGAAUUCUAUAGACAGAGAGGUCUAGAAGUCCCAAAACCUCCGGCCCCGCAAGCAGUCUGUACCGAGCGAGGAAGAUCAAGGAGGAUAUUGGGACCCGUUUUCCGUAUUCCCUCGGAGCUGGAUGUGUCCUUACUCCUGGAGUUCAUGGGGGCUGCGGAAGGCACGGGGAACUUUAAGCCCUUGGAGAAGAAGUUCGUCCGUGUGUCCGGCAGUGCAACCAUUGGGCACGUUGAGAAGUUUCUAAGAAGAAAGAUGCAGCUGGAUCCCGCCUGUCAGGUGGACAUUAUAUGUGGAGAUCAUUUGCUGGAGCACUAUCAGACGCUAAGGGAAAUUCUUACAGCCAUAGGUGAAAGUGCCGUUCAGGACGGUCUUCUCGUGCUUCACUUUUGCUUGGUGUUGUCCCCGCUUUCACUAACAUGAGGAUCCACUCGUUGAAGAGUGAAGAUGCUACAAACGUUCCGUCUCCUCUCUUUCACCCCGUUGUGCUUCGGUUUUCGCUCACUUUGGAUCUCCGCCGGUCGACUUGUCUCUGAGACGGCUGCCGAGCGGAAAUCGUUCAGCUGGAACCCUCGCUUUACGAACGGACAUAUUGUUUUGUUUUUGAGGAUUUAUUCUGUAUGUAUGCACUCGGAGUGGCUCGCCUGUCGGCGGUCGGUCUGCUAUCGCCAGACGUUUCUUUUCCUUUACAAACUGUUUUAUUUGUAUUCUUUGGUUUUUACACACUCUUGUGUAUAUAACUCUCCUGAGAUUUUGAGAGAACUGUUGUUGUCUGGGAUGACAGUCUUGUGCUCUUUAGUGGAAGGUUUCAAAAUAAUAAUUUAGACUGUAAAUAAAGUUAAAAACCUAA